AUGGCCGCCAUUAUUGCCCAGCCCCUUCCCAGCCAGACUGGUCCUCUCUUGCCUAAACUUCGUCGCAGUUUUGGGGCCGAGAUUCGUGGUGUGGACUUUUCGGGCGGUGUCACAGACAAGCAGUUCCAGGAUAUCCAGGACGCUGUCACGAAAUAUGGCGUGAUAGUGAUACGCGAUACCAAAUUGAGUGACGAAGGGCACAUCGACCUUGCUCGCCGCUUCGGCGAGCUCGACGACAUCAAACCCUAUCUUGCUGCAGGGCGGAAGAACCGACUCAAAUACGAUGAGCUUUUUGACGUGAGCAAUGUGGAGAUGGAUGGAUCUCUCGUCGAUCCGUUCAGCCCCCGUGGUCAGGCAAACAAGCUACCACCGGCCGGAAAUGGAGGUGGAACGGCUUUCGCAGAUACCAGGACCGCGUUUGAUGAUCUGCCAGAGGCUUUGAAGGAAGAACUCCUGAAGCGCGACUACGUCGCUUGUCACUCCAUGCAUCACUCUCGGAAACUGGCCGCCCCUGAGUUCUUCGCCAAUGUCGAUCCCACAAAAUAUCCCAUGGGCCGACACCGACUGGUUCAGCGCCAUGAGAGGUCUGGCAGGAUGAACUUGUACCUCGCCGCGCAUGUGCACCAUAUUGAAGGCCUUGAGCCAGAUGAGUCGAAAGCGCUUUUCGACAAGCUCUAUACCCACGCACAGCAGGACAAGUACGUCGUCGAAGUUGAGUGGGAGCAGCCUGGAGACCUUGUGAUCUGGGAUAAUACGUGCACGAUGCACCGCGCGCUGGGAGGCCCGUUUCUUCAGAGGUACAGGAGAGACAUGAGGCGCGCAACUGUGCACGACGACAGCAGCUAUGCCUGGGGACUGAAUGAGCGCUCGGAUGUCCGACAGGAACCACAGGUGCCUCCUUGUUUGGAGUGUUAUCGCUCUGGGAACCAAUGUAUCUUGGGAGCCUCUCGUCGUGGAGGGAAUUUACGCCUUCUCCAAAGUGCAAAUACGCCCGGAUCCUCCAACUCGGUAGCUCGAGCAGAGGCUGUUUCCCCUGAAAGAGAAACAUCCCGGCAUCGGUGUCGCAACAUUUCAGCAAAUUCGGAACAGGAGCAUGCAGCCGCUGGCGACGACCAUGCCGACAACGGCAACAACAACGAGGAAAGCGCAAGGUACGAAGAGCUCGGAACUGAGCUGAGAAACCCCUCAGACGCGCUACAUAUCCUGGCUCAAUCCGACGAUACCCCUUACAAAAAGGAUGACAUGGCCGCGAGGCCACCGACCGCAAACUCCGGUGACGCGGCAGAAGCGGGAGAAGCGAGCACCUCGCAAUUCGGUGAACGCCCCGCUGUGGUUCUAGACAAGUUCGAGCUGAUCACUCGAGGAUUGCUACCUCGUUGGAUGCUGCCUGAGCUUCUACACAUAUAUUCACACGAAUAUCAUCCAUACUGUCCUAUCGCUCCGGCAUACCUAAUUGGCUCUUCGGCAAUGGAAAAUAUUCGAGAGACCGACUUCUUCAUUCUAACCGUGAUGUUCACCAUUGCAUCCAGAGAUCACCCGGACUACGCUCUGACUCACCGCUAUUGCUGGGACCACACUCAAAAGCUGCUGCUCGAGGUGCUCCUGGCAUAUCCCUGGACCCAGAACCCACGCACAGUAAAGGGGCUCUUACUCUUGUCGGAAUGGCUGCCUCAGAUCCAGACCCACGCAACAGCAACUCUGGAAGCGUCAAACAACCCUUUCAGCGAGGAUCGUACGGCAUGGUCUCUCAUUGGCCAAGCGAUAGACGACAGACGCCUUGUGUGGACAUAUGUCUUCCUUGCCGAUCGACAGAUCUCGGUUCGCCUUGGCCAGUCGUUUUGGUCCCGCGGCCCAUCACUGUCAACGAAGUUUACGGCGAGGGACUUUUCUACGCUUCAGCCUACGAAAGAGGGAGAGGAUUAUGCGUCUGUUCUACAAGCAACUGUGGAAUUGACGCAGAUAAUGCACAACGCUCACGACAUACUCUACUCCUCCCGGUCUAGAACCCUAGCCUUGGUCUUGGCAGGAGACUACAACCGAUACCUUGACGACUUUCAGAAGGCUGCCACGGUGUGGCAGCUGGCCUGGGACAACCUCGAAGUGGCUCCUCGGAUCAAGAAUACUCUAUCGCUGAUGUAUGAGUAUUUAUCUCUCUAUGUGAAUGCCUUCUCCUUCCAGGCGGUGCUCACCAGGGAAUCCUCCCGACAACGCACCCGAGCUCGGGGUGAGAUGAUCACCGGGAAAAAGCCACACCCCGCCCCGUUCUCCGGUGGUAUCAUGUCAUCACCCGAUGGUCGCUAUGUCUUUGAUGCUCUAACCGCAGCUCUGAAAAUCCUGCGUAUUAUGGUCGAGAUGCAUCCAAGCAAGGAGCUUCGGUAUCUGCCCUCGAGAUAUUAUUUAUAUGCCGUCUACGCGGCCGUCUUUCUAUACAAAGUCGAGCUGGCUGGGGCCGAUACAGCUGAAGCGCAGCAACAAGAAACUGCGGAGUUGGUACUCAGGUUCGCAAGGGUACUGGAAAAAGCUUCUCCCAGUGACUCGCAUGUUGGUCGCCGCUACAGCAGGAUGCUCAGAAAGCUAUGGUUGCGGCAUAAAGAAACGACGGAAGCUGAAAGAACUCUUAUGCCAGAGCUUAUCGGCGCAGACGCCGAUUUCCUAAGCUCACAGCUCUUCGCUCCAUUUUUGCCCGGAACCUUUGACUUUCAAGACACUGGCACUGCAGAUGCUCUCAAUACCGAGGCUCUGUGGCCAUCGGGAACAGCACAGGGAGACUUGGAUGCGUGGGCGUUUUCCCGAGACUCACACAUGGUGUCGUCAUGGUAUUCCCAGUAA